AUGGCCCUGGUGCCCUAUGUGGAGACCGCGGAGAUGGGGCUGCAGAGAUUCCACAAGCCUCUGGCCACCUUCUCCUUUGCAAACCACACGAUCCAGAUCCGGCAAGACUGGAAGCAACUGGGAGUCGCAGCGGUGGUUUGGGACGCGGCUGUCGUUCUUGCCACGUAUCUGGAGAUGGGCACUGUGGAGCUCCGGGGCUGCUCUGCUGUGGAGCUGGGUGCUGGCACAGGGCUGGUGGGCAUAGUGGCUGCCCUGCUGGGUGCUCAUGUGACUAUCACGGAUCGAAAAGUAGCAUUAGAGUUUCUUAAAUCAAACGUUCAAGCCAAUUUACCACCCCAUAUCCAGCCCAAAGCUGUUGUUAAGGAGCUGACUUGGGGACAAAAUUUGGGGAGUUUUUCACCUGGAGAAUUUGACCUGAUACUUGGAGCUGAUAUCAUAUAUUUAGAAGAAACAUUCGCAGAUCUUCUUCAAACAUUGGAGCAUCUCUGUAGCAACCACUCAAUGGUUCUUUUAGCUUGCCGAAUUCGCUAUGAACGGGAUUACAACUUCUUAGCAAUGCUGGAGAGGCAAUUUACUGUGAGCAAGGUUCACUAUGAUUCUGAAAAAGACGUACAUAUUUACAAAGCACAGAGGAGAUGCUUGAGAGAGGACUUGUAA